UCCAAUCCACUAUCAUGCAACCACAUUUAUAACGUUAUGCCAAUGAUUCUUGGUCAAUCUUUCUUGCUCCACCAACUCAAGUAAACUCCCCAAUUUUUGGCCUAAAAAUAAGAAAUCUUCCUCUGCAGCUCUCAUCUCUAUAUAUCCCCCUGCAAAUCUCAUUCUCAGAAAAUUUAACUUGACCAAGUAGUGCAGAGAGUGAAUCUGUAAUACCCAGAAACACAAUGUCGACUUUCUUCUUCUCUUCUUCGAAGGCUCCCUCUUCUGUUUCUUCAUUUCCGAGUUUUUCUACUCAUUCGUCCUCUUCCCCUAUACACACAUUCUCUGAAUCAAUGAUGGAAGGGAGAAUAGAAAAUGCAAAACCAAUCAUCACCAAAUGGAAUCUGAACUCUUCCUCAUACACCAAAGCUAUCUCAGUUUUUGGUCAUAACAGAAAAGAGGCUAAAGAGCUCCUCAAAAGUGUCAAAGACUUGUUUCAAGCCAUGCACUUUUUGGUUUCUGAAAAUUCACCUUCUCAUAAGCUUGUUCUUGCUCAGACCCUCAUGCAAAUUGCCAUGGAAAGGCUUGAACAUGAGUUCUAUCAGAUACUGUCCAAACACUGUGAUCAACUUAAUCCCAAAUCAGUUUCAGGUCAAUCCUCUGAUGAGUCGAGAAACUCUGACAAUAAGGAAGCAUCUGAAGAUGAGGAUGAGUUGAAAAGAGCUGGUAAGACUAUAACUGAAGAGGAGAAUGUCUCACAGCUUGCAAUGUCUGACCUGAAGGCAAUAGCUGAAUGUAUGAUCAGCUCUGGUUAUGGCAAGGAGUGCAUAAAGAUAUACAAGCUGAUAAGGAAAUCAAUAGUCGAUGAAGGACUGCAUCAACUUAGAAUCGAACAGUUCAAGGCUUCUCGAAUUCAGAAAAUGAAUUGGGAAGUGCUUGAAUAUAUGAUAAAAAAUUGGCUGAGUGCAGUGAAGAUUGCAGUGAAAACUCUCUUCAGUGGAGAAAAAGUUCUCUGUGAUCAUGUGCUUUCAGCAUCUGAUACAAUCAGAGAGUCUUGCUUCAGUCAUAUAACAGAAGAAGGAGCAAUGAAUCUGUUCCGAUUUCCAGAAUUCAUUGCAAAGGGUAAGAAAUCACAAGAAAAAAUUUUCAGACAAAUGGAACUUUAUGAAGCACUCACUGAUCUUUGGCCAGAAAUAGAAUUGAUCUUCAACUAUGAUUCCACCUCAGCCAUAAAAUUGCAAGCUCUUUCAUCACAGCAGAAGCUUGGUGACUCAAUUCAAACAAUUUUAUAUGAGUUUGAAUCAAGAAUUCGGAAGGACUUAUCAAAAACUCCAACUAUUGGUGGUGGGAUUCACCCACUCACCGAAUCAGCAAUGUGCUUCAUAUGUUCACUAGGAGAUCACAGUGAAAUUCUUUCUGAAAUUUUUGCUGAACAUCCUCCAAGAAAUUCAACAAUUACAGAAACUAACAUUGGGAGUUCAACCUCCAACCACAGUUCAGCAUCUCCAGCGUCAGUUCACCUAGCCUGGCUCAUAUUUGUUCUUCUAUGCAAACUUGACCGCAAAGCUGAGCCAUGCAGAAAAGAUUUGUCUUUGUCAUAUCUAUUUCUAGCCAACAAUCUCAACUUCAUCAUUGAAAAAGUUCGCACAUCUCACCUGAAGGACCUUUUUGGUGAGGAGUGGAUGAGUAUGCACAACAAGAAGCUUAAACAAUAUGCUUUAAACUACGAAACUGUGGCAUGGACCAAGGUCUUUUCAUCUUUGCCAGAGAAAAGUUCCUCACCAAUACCACCAGAUGCGGCAAAGGAAUGUUUUAGAAGGUUCCAUGCAGCUUUUGAAGAAGCAUAUAUGAAACAGACAUCAUGGAACGUACCAGAUGGGAAGUUAAGGGAUGAAUUAAAGAUUUCAAUAGCAAAGAAACUUGUACCAGCAUACAGAGAAUUCUUUGACACAUAUAUCAUGAUGGUGAAUGGGGAUAGAAAUUUGGAAGUGCUGGUGAGAUUUGGACCUGCUGGUUUGGAAAAUUAUCUAUCAGAUCUGUUUCUUGGUACUCACAUCUUACUUAGUUCUUCAUCAUCUUUAUCCUGCAGCUCAUCGCUAGGAUGCAUAAUCCGUUAAAGAUAAAGAACACAUACUUGAGUACAAAAUGCAAGAGUUUCAAUGCCCAAUGCAAUUACUGUUAUAAUCCAUGCUGCUUCUACUCUAAUGUUGUUUCAGUUUUUUCAUCUGAAUAAACAUGUCACAAAAACAAUU